GGCAUUAAUACACAAGGUGAAAACAUCGCCGACAAUGGUGGCGUGAAGGAGUCCUACAAAGCUUACCGCCAAUGGGUGGCCAAGAAUGGCCCCGAACCGAAAUUGCCCGGCUUAGAUUACACACCCGAGCAGAUGUUCUGGAUUUCGGCGGGUCAAACUUGGUGUUCGAAAUAUCGUACAGAAACGCUUAAAAUGCGCAUCACCACCGGCGUACAUUCGCCCUCGCAAUAUCGCGUCAUGGGCACAUUUAGCAAUAUGAGAGACUUUGCGCGCGAUUUCAAUUGCCCCGAAGGCUCCCGAAUGAAUCCGGCACAAAAGUGUGUGGUGUGGUAGGCAAAGCAGUGCAGCAGGGGCAGCAGGGAAAGCAGCAAUAAGUUCAUCAACACACUUGCAAGCAUACAUACAUAUGUUGACCCACUCACACACAAACACACAUACAUAUACACACUAUACAUACACACAAGUACUAAGUAUGACAAGUACUGGAAUUCUUGUUUUUAUUAAAAAAAAUAAAAAAAUUAUAUAUACGAUAAACUUAUUAUUUAUGUACGUAUGUAUGUCUUUAGUUUAUAAUUGCAAUUUGCUUUAUUUUUAAAGCUAAACGUUUUUUUUUUUUUAAUGUAUGUAAUUAGUUAAUUUCGUGCAAUUGAAACAAAAAGUAGUCGAUAUUUUUUUCUUUAUUUGCUACUCACUUUAAAUGCUAUAUUUUUCUAUACAAAAAAAAAAUAAACUAAAA